AAUUGUGAAAAAAUUUGAAGGCAUCAGCAUCACACCAGUUCAAACAUAAUGGUUUGUAAAUCCAAAUAAUUAUUGCUUUACUUUCUCAUUGGCUUUUUAAUAGAAUUAAUUUUGAAAGAAUUUUCCUACAUUCAUGAAAAUCUUAAUUGUUUCGUUAACGCACCAGUUUUCUGUGGUACUAGACUCAAAGAAUGGAUUGUUCAUAGUUCCAAGUUCUUGGAUUUUCGAUGAAGACGGUGAUGUGUUUACACAAUAUCCCCCAAAGAACGCCAUCAAUAAACAAAAGCUUGUCCAGGAUAUGAAGGAACCUGCUGAAGAUUGGAUAGUAGUGAAAGUGGAGAUUCUUAAACCCAAUAUUGGUAAUAAAAAUUUAAAUACUUAAUCGUGCUAGAUUAAAAUUUAUUGUGUAAAUUUUUUUUUUACCAGGUGAUUAUCAAUCUGCAUUGAAAUCAAUGAAAGUUCGUGAACGUUUCAACGAUACAGCAUCAGAAGUUGAAAAGGCAAAACAUAAAAGAAUUUCUAAGAAGCGCAAGACAUCAAGUAGUGAAGAAGAUUUAAAUGGAUUGUUUAAUACAAUAAACCAGAAACAAACGGCAAAUAAGAAAUCUAGAUUGCAAAAGGUCACCGCAUUGAAUACAAAUUCACAAACAACAACAGUAAAAACUUCUAGUGCUUCGAUUAUGAGAAAGGACACGCAAAGGAAAAUUAAGCAGAGUUCAAGUUUGUCGCUGAAAACGAUUCCUGUGUCACAAAAUACCUCAAACCUGAAGAGCUCAUCACAAUUGACUCGGUUAAUGAGUAAGAAAUCACAAGUAGUUGCUAGUGUUUCGAAUACAAGUGAAAUUGGUGACAGCGAUUUAGAUGAGGAAAAUGAGAAGUCACUGAAAAAUACAGUAAUUACGCCAGAACUGUUGAAUGAUAGCAAUAUGUCUUCACCAGUACAGUUUCGCGAGCAUUUUUUUGGGAACAGCAAUUUUAAUGAGUUUUCCAAUGAGUUAUCAUCAACACGUGUUAAUCAAGAACAGUAUGGGAUUGAAAGCCGUUUGCAGAAACUAGAAGAUAAAAUGGAAAUUUUGCUUUCAAAUCAGGAAUUAAUUUUUUCUAACCAGAAAUCCAUAAUGGAGCAUUUGGAAGCACUUGGAAGCUCAAUUGGAGGGAAUCGAGACCGUUCGUCAUCAAAUAAUUCAAGUGUUGAUAUUUCAAGCAUUGCUCCUAUAAAAGAUCGUGAUAGCUUCUUGAGUGUGGAGAAAAUGCUGGCAGCACAUCGUAAGCAACCUACUGCUGAUAAAGAUUUUUCAAAGAAAAGGUCCGCAAUGGUCAACUAUUAUAAAAGCCAUAUUCGUCCAAUCGGAAGUGCUGCUCCAAAGAACAGUUUAAUGCUUUCUUUGUUAGAGAUGUAUUUUGAAAGUAAUUUCAUUGAUAAUUUGUGUUGGACAGACACUGUAGGAUGUGUGUGUUUUAAUAAAUGUGAAGGCCAUUUUGAUUUAUUCUUUGACAUCAUAGAAGCUCAUACACCUGGCACGUAUAGUUCAUUAGGUUACUCGUCAACUGCUGUUAAAAUAUACUUGCAUAGACGUCGUGAAAAACAAGCGAAAAAAGCAAAAGAAAUUAAUCGUCAGUCCCAACCAAACAUUGAAUAUGAAGAUAAUGAUUAAUCAAAAAUAUCACAAAAAGUUGUUUUAGCUGAAAUAAUAUACAACUCCCUCCAUCACAAUCGUAAGAUGUUCAGUUUAUCCAUUUAAUUAACCUUUAAUUUUCAUUCCUUACAUUGUUAAAAAGAUUAUGUUUUACUAUGACAAAUAUAAAAAUUAUAAAAAUAAAAUCACUCAAUUCUAUUUAUUUAAGAUAUUUUAUUUUUCAGCCCAUAUCAAGCAUAUUUCAUGAUUUUUUAUCGUCACUGAACUGUUAACGUGCCGUCGUUAUUCCGUCAUAAUCUCGUCAAAAGACCAUCAUGCGGUCGUCAUAUGACGUUAUCGUAUGAUCGUCGAAUGACGAUUUUUUUGUCAAAUGACGGUCAUAUGGCGUUGUAAAUACAAUCAAAACGACGUCGCGAUGACGUCUUAUCGUCAUAUGACGAUCAUAUGAUCGUCAUUCAUGACGUCUUUGUGACCAUGACGAUCGUCAUAUGACCGUCAUAUGA